AGAACAAAACUCAAAACAAACCAAAUUUGUUUUUGUUUAUUUCUCUCUUCCAGCCACUCCUCUGCUUCAUAAACAUGCACCCUACGUUCCUCAACAAACAAAAAUUGGAAAAACUACCAAACUCACUAAAUUCCCCUCAAUCAUAAAAAAAAAAAAUCAUCUCUCCAAAAUUUAUUUGGGAAUUGGGAUUUGGGCUCUUCUCCCUCCUUUUCAUUUUCCCCCACUCCAAAAAAUCAAGAACAAUCAUUUUCUACCUUCUUGUCUAUUUUCCCAACAGGGGCUUUCAGGUUCUUGAUGAAUUAAUAGUUCCCGAGGUUUCUUGUUCAAGAAGAAAUAAAAGAAAAGAAAAUGGUUCGGGCUCUUGAACUGGAGCAAGAAAAUUUCAUGUCUAGGUUGUUCAAUUUCAGGGGGACAAAUGAAAAUGCAGGGAGGCGUGCAAAGACCCUUAGCAUUGACAGUGCUAGUAGAUUAGAAGAGGCGAGAUUGAAUUCUCCCAACGAUAAACCAUCGGGAUCCCUCGUUAAUAUCAGGCCUGUUAAGGUUAACAAGGAUGAAAUCAUUGCUUCCUACCAAGCCAAAGAAAAGCAGCUACUACAAGAAAUGGAGCAGAUGAAGGAAAGGUUUGGAAAAUUGCUUUUGGGUGAGGAUAUGUCUGGUGGGGGAAAGGGAGUUUCAUCGGCUUUAGCAUUGUCGAAUGCCAUCACAAAUCUAGCUGCCUCUGUGUUUGGGGAACAAUGGCGUUUGGAGCCUAUGUCUGCGGAGAGGAAAGCGAGGUGGAGGAGAGAAAUCGACUUGCUCUUGUCUGUCACGGAUCACAUUGUUGAAUUUGUUGCUUCUCAACAGAAAAACAAAGAUGGUACUAAUAUGGAGAUUAUGGUCACGAAGCAAAGGAUAGAUCUUCUUAUGAACAUUCCUGCCCUACGGAAGCUUGAUGCAAUGCUCAUUGAUAGUUUGGACAACUUCAAGGAUCAAAAUGAGUUCACUUAUGUAUCAAGAGAUGCUCCAGAUUCAGAAAAAGGAAACGCCAAAAGAAAAGAUGAUAAAUGGUGGCUCCCAACCGUUAAAGUUCCCCCCAAUGGUCUCUCUGAUUCUGCAAGAAAAUUUGUGCAGUACCAGAAAGAUUGUGUGAACCAAGUGCUAAAAGCAGCAAUGGCGAUCAAUGCUCAAGUUCUAUCAGAGAUGGAGAUCCCAGAAAACUAUAUUGAAUCCCUCCCCAAGAAUGGAAGAGCUAGCCUUGGAGACUCGGUCUAUAGGAGUAUCACGGUUGAAUUCUUUGAUCCAGAUCAGUUUCUAUCGACAAUGGACUUGUCAUCAGAGCACAAGAUUCUAGACCUCAAGAACAGAAUUGAGGCAUCUAUAGUGAUAUGGAAGAGGAAGAUGAACCAUAAGGAUGGAAAAUCCUCUUGGGGUUCAGCUAUUAGCUUGGAGAAGAGAGAACUAUUUGAGGAGAGAGCAGAGACAAUCUUACUCAUACUCAAACAACGAUUCCCCGGAAUUCCUCAAUCUGCAUUAGACAUUAGCAAAAUCCAAUUCAACCGGGAUGUAGGGCAUGCUGCCCUAGAAAGCUAUUCAAGAGUACUAGAAAGCUUGGCCUAUACGGUACUGUCACGGAUCGAAGAUGUUCUCUAUGCUGAUUUUGUUGCACAAAACCCAUCACAAGUAUCAAGUAAAGGAAAUCCUCUUAAGGAGGGCACACCAAUUACAGUGCUUCCGACUUCAAAAGAUAACGGAGAUAGGGGAAUGGAUAGGUCAAAUUCAAUGACACUCUCGGAUUUACUUACUUGGAGUAUGGACCAAGGUGAGAAUGAGACAAAGAAGGAAUCAUCAGAGGAGUUAACAAAAGAGGCUGAAGGGAAGCAUUCACACAAACUCAAUAUAGUGUUCAAGAGACCUUCCUACCUUGACAACUUGGGUGGAUCAAGAAGUCCGACAUCACGCCACUGAUGACAGACAGCAGGGAGAGAAGAUUAAGUGAAAGCAACAGAGAAAAUGAAAGCAAUGAGUGAGGGAGAAAAUGAUAGAUCAAUUUAAUUCUAAGUGAAAGAAAGCCAGACCUUACCAUUGUAAAUUAUCAGAACCAGAUGAGGUUCAUCCCGAGUCUGGUUUACUUUCUCACAUUAUUUUCCUUUCGUAAUUAGGUUUUGAAACAUUUCAAAUAGGCCAAAGCCCCUGUUUGCACCCU